AAGUGGCAAACCAGCAGCUUCUUCACCUCACAAUCAACCUCACAGCGGGCUGUCCUGUUUGAGACUUCAGUCACUCCUUCACAAUGGUAUCCUUCUCAUUGAAACAUGCGGCACUGGCUGCCAUCUCCUUCGGCACGCUCCUUGUCAGUGCAUCCCCGGUGCCCUCGGUCGAUGCCACAGUAGACAAACGGCAGUCAUCGGGCUACAUCAACAUGGUGUAUUUCACGAACUGGGGCAUCUACGGCCGCAACUACCAACCGGAUCAGCUGCCGGCAUCCAAGCUUACACACGUCCUCUACUCCUUCGCCAACGUGCGAAGCACCGGCGAGGUCUACCUGUCCGACACUUACGCAGACUUGGACAAGCACUAUCCGGGCGACUCAUGGAGUGAGACGGGUAAAAACGUCUACGGCUGCGCGAAGCAGCUCUACCUGCUCAAGAAGAACAAUCGCCAGCUCAAGACGCUCCUCUCGAUCGGCGGGUGGACCUACUCCACCAACUUCCCGGCGGCGGCCAGCACCAGCUCGUCGCGCGCCACCUUCGCCUCGACCGCCGUCAAGCUGCUCGCCGACCUCGGCUUCGACGGCCUGGACAUCGACUGGGAAUACCCCUCGGACGCGACCCAAGCCGCCAACUUCGUCGCCCUGCUGAAGGAGGUGAGAUCCGCUCUCGACUCCUACGCAGCCCAGUACACGCCCGGGUACCACUACCUCCUGACCAUCGCCGCCCCGGCAGGGCCCCAGAACUACAACAAGCUGCCCCUCGCCCAGAUCGCGUCCACGCUCGACUACAUCAACCUGAUGGCCUACGACUACGCCGGAAGCUGGGACAGCGUGUCGGGCCACCAGGCCAACCUCUACCCCAACCCAGCCAACAACAACUCCACGCCCUAUUCCACCGACGCCGCCGUGGCCGACUACAUCCGCGCCGGCGUGCCGGCCAAGAAGAUCGUGCUGGGCAUGCCCAUCUACGGCCGCUCGUUCGAGAACACGGCAGGCCUCGGGCAGCCGUACAGCGGCAUCGGCCAGGGCAGCUGGGAGGCCGGCGUGUGGGACUACAAGGCGCUGCCCAAGGCCGGCGCCAUCGUGGUGUACGACUCGGUCGCCGGCGCCACCUACAGCUACGACGCCGCCACCAAGGAGCUGAUCAGCUUCGACACGGCCGACAUGAUCGCCAAGAAGGUCGCCUACCUGAAGCAGAAGGGCCUCGGCGGGAGCAUGUUCUGGGAGGCCUCGGCGGAUCGCACCGACGCGGGCAGUCUGAUUGGAGCUAGUGCGAGCGCCCUGGGCGGGAUCGACAAGUCUGUGAACCAGUUGAGUUUCCCGGCGAGUCAAUAUGAUAAUAUGAAGGCUGGGUUUGUGUAAGGGAGGGGAGAGGGGGGAAGUGUGUGCAGUUUUUGGAUGGAGGGCAUGUUGGAUAUGGGGGACAGAGGUGACAUCUCUUUGACCCCCCCCUUUUGCGUGGUGGGCAGCUGAUCCCUUCGUUUGGCUAUUCCUCCGUUUUUUUCUAUUCGCUGUCUAUUCUUAUGCUCUUCACUUCUACGUGUUCCAUAUUCAUGUACAUACUUUGCCCGAAGCUCCUGCCUCGCAGGACAAUCUUCGUCGUUAUGAGUGGCCGCCAACGGAGGUGAGGUCUGUGGUUUG